CCCCGUGCUCAGGGGAUGGUUCCUGACCCCCACUGCCGGCUCUUUAUUCCAGAAUACCUGGAGGAGUUCCCCGGGGACGGCCGGGAAUGCGUGAACUGCGGAGCCAUGUCCACCCCGCUCUGGAGGAAGGACGGCACCGGGCACUACCUGUGCAACGCCUGCGGGCUCUACCACAAAAUGAACGGCAUCAACCGGCCCCUCAAACCGCAGAAGAGGCUGUCUUCAUCGAGACGUGCUGGCCUUUGUUGCACUAAUUGCCACACCACCAACACCACCCUGUGGAGAAGGAACGCCGAGGGCGAGCCCGUCUGCAACGCCUGCGGCUUGUACAUGAAGCUCCACGGGGUACCACGACCUCUGGCCAUGAAAAAGGAAAGCAUCCAGACGAGGAAAAGGAAGCCUAAAAACAUUACCAAAGGCAAAGCCUCAACAGGAUCCACGACUUCGGCCACUAACUCCCCUUCUUCCAUUACCAACUCAGACAGCACGGUCACUUUAAAGUCAGAGCCCAGCACAACCUCACAGUAUCCUGGACAAACCAUCGUGUCAGUGUCCCAGGCACAGAGCCAGUCGGACGAGGCGCUGGCCGGCGGCCACGGCGAGUUCAAGUUUGAGCCCGAGGACUACAGCUUCUCCCCCAGCAGCAUGGCCCCGCAGCCAGGGCUGAGCGUGCCCCUCCGGCAGGACUCCUGGUGUGCCCUGGCCCUCGCCUAGGAACCCCAGCCUCCAGCAGAAAGCCUCGGGACCAAUGUCUUCAGCUGUCGACGGGCAGGAGGAUGAGCUGCGCCUCGGGACUGCGGGGGGUUGAGACACAGGACAGGUUUCUCUUGGAGGAUGCCCGUGGAAAACGCCAGCUGCAUGGGGCUGGGGUGACCCCACUGUGGCACCAAGUCCCCAAAAAGCUCAUCCCACCCCAGAGCAGCCCAGGGCUGCCUCCUCAAGGCCAGAACCCCGGGGCCGCCUCCAUUUUCCUGGGGAAAGCCUUCCUCCUCUGACAUGAAACCAGCAAAUAAAUGCAUCCCAGAAUCUAUGUUUAUUCGCAGUGAUUUCUCCCUCCUAUGACUCCACUGUGUGCAAUUUAUUCCACUUUCCAAUAAAAGACUGUAAUAACAUGGCACCAAAUAACUUAAUUUUAUUAAAAUGUAAGCUACAUGGCCUGCCUUAUGUUUUAUUGGCCACAACAGAAAGAAAAAAGAAAAAAAAAAAGAAUGGUUGUUUUAAACAUUUACUGUUUUAUAUUAAAAACUAUCAUCUCUAUAGAGUGUUAGCUUCUGAAGCGUUUUGCAUAUCAACACUGAGCUGAUGAGUCAUACAUGAAAUAAACACGCUGCUCUUCCUUUUCCAGCUCCAAACAAAGAGGUUUUUAUUAUUAUUUUAGGCAAACGGCAUGACAAAAAUGAUCAAAACCUCCCAAUAAUAAAAGAAUACUGAAAUGC